AUCAUUUUUCAAACUUCCGUAGCAAAGUGUAAAGAUUAUGGUUAAUAUUCCCAAACAACGUAAAACUUAUUGCAAGGGUAAUAAUUGCCGAAAGCACACUUUGCAUAAAAUAACCCAGUACAAAAAAGGAAGGGUUACUGGCAUAGCUCAAGGAACAAGACGUUACGAUCGAAAACAAAAGGGCUAUGGGGGGCAAACAAAACCAGUUUUUCAUAAGAAAGCAAAAACAACUAGAAAAAUCGUUCUGAAAAUGGAGUGUACAAGUUGUCAUAGAAAGAAACAGGUCACUCUAAAGAGAUGUAAACAUUUUGAAAUUGGUGGAGAUAAGAAAAGAAAAGGGCAAAUGAUACAAUUUUAA